AUGUCGACCGUCCACGUGCUCGGCCACGUAGUCCGCCGCGGUGUGGAGGUCGCCCAGAACCACAUCGCAGGCAUCAGCCCGGAGACGAUUGCGAGGCUCCAGCACGAUGCUGCAUUGCGCGAGAAGACCGGGGAUGAGGUCAAGCCAUGGGAGCUGUUGCCGAUCCUUAUACCUGUGAUCUUGUCGCUGGUGCUCGUGGCUAGCAUCCGCUACACUAUCGGCGAUGUCAUGGCUUCUUUGGCCAUGAUUGAGAGCCCUUCUUCCACCGCCAUCAUCGAGCCCAGGUCAACCAACCCACCCAAGUACGCCGAAGACGCUCCACCAGCAUACUCCGAUGAGCCAGAUGCGCCAAUCGCCGAGAAGGAGGCGUUCAUUCCGACAGAGACUACACCCGAAUCUGAUGUGGAUGUCGAGGUCACUGUCAUCUCCCACAAGCCCAUCACCAGCAAGAUCGUGGCUACAAUCGGCCUUCUUCACCGCACUGGUGGCUUCCGAGCUCGAUGGAGGGGUCUUGGUCUCAGCAUCCUCUACCACGGCCUCCACGGCACAUUCGCUAACCUCCUCGCUGGCCUAAUGGGAUUCGGCUUCGUCGGCCACUUCUUCAGCUACAUCUUUGUCUCUAUCGGUCUCAUGCGUGUGCACAUGGUCUGGACACACAGCAUGAUCGCUGCCCCGUCCGCUAAGCCAUGGUACCGCCGCAUCGUGCCAAGGAAGCAGUGCAGGGCUCUUUUGCUGCCAUCGCUAGUCUUCGCCGUUGCACAACAGGCUGCAUUCAUCCUCCCAGUCGCUGUCGCCUUCGCUGUCGGUCUCCCGAACAUCAAGCACGAGCACUUGGCCGACGCUGCGAACCACGAGAACUGCGGCAAGAUGGUGCUUAUGGGUCUCCGCUUCUUGGCUGUCCCAGCUACCGCCAUCUUCGUCGCUUUGGCUGUCCUCCUCCCAGCUGCCGUAACCUUGACCCGCGUCGAGGCUCUUCUGCUGCCAGAGGAUGAGCAGACCAUCGUGCCGUUCGACAAGGCCGCAAUCAUGGGCGACAUCGACCUCAGUGCAUGGCGCUCCUUCGACCGAUCUGCUCGCCUGCGCAUCAUCAAGCUCUACGCCAAGAUGGUCAUGGCACAGUUCACUAUCAUCUUCGUUGGCCUACACUUGGCUCUGCUUUCUCUCUUUGUCAUGGGAAGCGACCGCAUUGUGAUUGCUGUCAAGAGCGCUGCUGCUGAGCUUCAGCUUAUCGCUAUUGAAGCUCAUAAGGAGGCUAUCAAGAAUGGGGCUCAGUAG